GUCAACCUCCCAUGAAGCAUUAUUGCAUGUAUAACAAAGAGGUUUGGCAGAAAGUGGCUUGGAGUUGAGAAGAGAUGUGACAAAUGCAUUUUGCCAGCAUCAGCUGAAGUGAUCGUCUAAAACCGGUCUAACGGAUGAGUGAUGGACAUAAAUUGUCUUUGUGAGGAGGAGUCGGAUGCUUUGAGGACUCGGAUGUCAACAAGGAAAGAUCCUUUCAUGGACCCUGAUAGACACGGCAAAGUAAAUAAAACGGCAAGAAUUGGGGAAACUGUCAAACUGAUAAUCCGAUCGAUUGGUAACCACAAUAUAGGCUAUUUUUCCGGAAACAUUACGGGUGCAAAGAUGAAUUGCUUCAAUAGAGUGCGACUUCGCUCCAUCACCUUGUUUUUGAGCUCUAUGACAAUUGGUCUGUUUCUGUACACCAAAACCUCACCAAUGGGUUUUACUGUGGAUUAUUUUUAUGAUUUAUCCCGGGAAAAUGCAUGCUCUUGCAAGACUUGCGUAAUGGGCUUUAUGGAGGAUGACUGGUUCGUUUAUCGUUACAACCCCACCGUUCCAACUCUGCUCAACAGAAAAAACAGUAUGCUACGUGGAGACACCUACAGAUGGUGGAAUGGUCUACAACGUACAACACUCAAAGUUAACUACACAGAGGUGGUGGACCAGCUGUUUUCUCUCUUCCCUGAUGAAGAUCACUACUCGGAUGGUGGUCCAGAUCGCUGCCGAACCUGUGCUGUGGUGGGAAACUCUGGAAAUCUCGUUGGAUCCAAUUAUGGAUCUCUCAUAGAUUUCCAUGAUGUUGUCAUUAGGAUAAAUAAGGGCCCCACAAAAGGUUUUGAGAAGGAUGUGGGUUCUAAGACCACGCACCGGAUUCUCUACCCUGAGAGCGCUGUGGACUUGGACAACAACAACACUCACUUGGUGCUUUUUCCCUUUAAGAUUCGGGACAUACAGUGGCUCAUUAGCGCCUUCACCAUCAAACACAUCACACAAACAUAUAUACGAGUAAAAUCUUCAAUAAAUGCCAACGAGAAUAAGGUGAUGAUCCUUCAUCCUGCAUUUAUUAAAUACGUCUAUGAUAGCUGGUUGCAGAAACAUGGAAGAUAUCCAUCCACUGGCUUCAUUACAUUAAUAUUUGCCUUACACAUCUGUGAUGAGGUGAAAGUUUUUGGGUUUGGUGCAAAAAACGAUGGAACCUGGCAUCAUUACUUUGACAGAUCUCACACUCACUACAAUGGAGGCCCUCAUGGUGGAGACUUUGAAAACAAAACAAUGCAUGAACUUGUGCAGAGAAACAAAAUUUCAAUAUAUAAAGGAUAUGGUUAAAGAAGGGUAAACAAUGUUUACCUUUAAUGAAAACACAAUAUGGAUUCAGUAUGCAAAUAUCAAUGGUUAACAAAGACCCUACUGCUUUAUGUAUAAUGAUAAUGACCUAUAUGAAUUUCUGUAUAAUCUGAUUUCAUCUGGAAUGUUGAAGGUUAUAUAAAGCAAAGUAUUUCUAUUAUGAGAAAAUCGUGUU